AUGUCAGCAUCAGGCAGCUUCGGAAGAUCUAAGAACAAGCAUAAUCAACCAAGAAUUCAGAUGAAGAACCCUUUCCUCAAUUUUGGUAGGUUUUUUAAACUGCUUCCACAUUUCAGAAGGCCAGAAACUUUUCAAGACAUGGUUUUCUUAUGUUGUACUAGGUCCAGGUGAACCCCUCUAGUUUUCAGAUACUCACAAAAUGUUCAUGGAGGAAGUAAAUGGACAACGUGCGCACAAUGUCUGGAAAAAAUGGCUAUCGGAUGCCCCAGGUAUGUUGAUAGUAUUCACCUGGACCUAGUACAACAUAAAAAACUUGAUGUCUCGAAAUCUCAUUGCCAAAUGCUGAACCUCAAAUUAAUUUUUUGGGAUGGAAAAGCGUAGAAAAAACAGUUAAAAAAGGGCUUAUAGUUCAGUUAUCUUUCUUUAUCUUGACUAUUUUCAGUGAAUCCAACCCAUCGCAGAUUCCUCACAAAAACAAUCAUGCCCCGUCAGGACAAAUGA